AUGGCUGAACUAGCGAGCCAUCCUCUCCCUCCGACUCCCCCACCUGCCAUCUACUCUCCUCCUCUGCGAAGCGAGAGUCCUCGGAUCAUGGAACCUAUGGAAGAGCGGGGAAAUGUAAAUGUGUCUACAUUCAAGCAAGGUAGUUCUCAGUCGAGACAGAUGAGCUAUCCUUCGAUAUCCAUGUCUCCAGCGGACACAAGACCAACAGACGAUGUGCACGCUCUCGCAGAUGCUGCUGCUGGAGUGCAAAUUCACCCUCCCGAAACCGCCAUGUCCAGAACUCCUGAUCCUGUGGCACCAAAUAGGACACUGACUCCUCAGCCGUCCUUGCAUCUCGAUCCCAAUAGGCUCUCACCGACGCCUCAGGCAAUGUUUCGAGGGCGACCUGGAGAUGGUGAGCCAGUGGUUGCUGACCAUCGAAGGGUUUCCUCAGAAAAUUUGUCUUCGAGGGACGGCAUCGAAUUGACACCGUUUCAAAAGAAGUCCAUGCGGCACGCGUCAACCUCUGCCAUUGAGUCAGAUAUCCCUGCUGCCACUUCGGAGCCAUUGCGGUAUCACCACCAGUGGGCAGAGGAUGCCGAAAUGUCAGCGUUGAACAAGCGAGCCUCGAGGUUAACCGUUGCCACUGACGGCUCUGGAGGAGACAGCGUUCGCAAUAGCAUCUAUGGCAGAAGCAUGCAAAGACCUGAUUCGGGAUUCUCGAGCACAUCCGACUUCCGCGGGCGGACCAACUCACCACAUGCCUCUCCCGCUGGUCGACCUGUCUCGCGCGGUUCUAGGUCACCCGAUACACGGCCACUCUCUUACGUCGAUCUUCUGAAUGUCCCAUAUCCCCAACCUGCGCCGAGCGGAGCAGAAAAUCUGGUGAACUCAGGUCUCCGGUCGGUUGUGGGAGCCAAUGCCUCAUUAAUGUCAACGAGGAAAACACUGGACAUGUAUCGAGCAAACGUUAAAAAGACCCAGGACCCUGCUGUGCAAUACGAAUUUGCAAUUUUCAUGAUCAGCGCGGCGCAAGAAGAGGGUUUAGAGUCUGACACAGUAUCGGACGCGGCACAUUCUGAGAAAUCACAUACAUCGGUCCGCGAGGAUCUCCUAAAGGAGGCAAAGCAUAUUCUGCAAAGACUGGCAGACCGAUCAUACCCCUUUGCCCAGUACUACCUCGCAGACGGGUACGCCUCGGGUCUUUUCAACAAGGGCAAAGAAGACUGGGAGCGUGCGUUCCCACUAUUUCUGGCGGCGUCUAAACACGGUCAUGCCGAGGCCGGGUACCGCACGGCAUUAUGUUACGAGUUCGGUUGGGGGUCACGGGUGGAUGCAGCAAAAGCGGUUCAGUUUUACCAACAUGCUGCGAGCAAGAAUCAUCCCGGUGCCAUGCUUCGGCUGGGACGAGCAUGUCUAACGGGCGACAUGGGGCUGACCAAGCGAUAUCGAGAAGGUGUGAGAUGGCUGAAGCGGGCGGCGGAAUCUGCCGAUUUCCAGUACAACCAAGCUCCUUUUGACCUGGGAUGCCUACACGAGACAGGCUUCGGUCCGGAUGUGUUCAAAGACGAGGCGUACGCUGCCCAACUAUACACUAAAGCAGCCGAUCUAGGGCACGUCGAAGCGAACUACCGACUCGGCGAAGCAUAUGAAUAUGGACAGCUGAACUGCCCUCGAGACCCGGCUCUCAGCAUCCAUUUCUACACCGGAGCUGCUGAACGUGGCCAUGCACUGUCACAAAUGGCGCUGUGUGCAUGGUACAUGGUGGGGGUUCCCAACGUCCUGGAGAAAGACGAGGUCGAAGCUUAUGAAUGGGCCAAAAAAGCAGCUGAACAGGGCUUGGCCAAGGCGCAGUACACUGUUGGCUAUUUCACUGAGAUGGGCAUUGGAUGUCGCCGUGACCCGCUCGAGGCAAACGUCUGGUACGUUCGUGCGGCGGAUCAAGGGGAAGAGAGAGCCAAACAUCGCAUUGCCGCCAUCCGGGCAGCCGGUGCAGGAGCAGAUCCUCUCACGGCGGCAGCUGGCAAAAAGGCAGCGUUGACCACCAGUAAGAGCACGGGGAAUAUUGGACCUCAGGCAGAAGGAGAAAAGAAGAAGAAAUUUGGGAUCUUUUGA